AUUGCACUUUCUGCAUUAGAGUAUGUACACUAGAGACACCAAAGCGUUCUUCAUUGCGGUGCAACAUAACCAAAAUUCUGUUCUCUGUUACACAUAUUCUGAAAAAAUGGCAGAUGUCAGGUUACUCAUCCAGGAAGAAGGUCGAGCAGCCAGGAACUUGGUAGCUUUUAAUGUGCCUGUAGGCACAAAUAACAUAGAGAAGAUUACCAAAAAGCCACCCAGUGUACCAAGGCAAUCUCAGUCAAGUUCAACAAAGCGGUCAAUGAAACCAACCACAAGAGUAAGAUCUGCUUCUACAGGUCGUGAUAAAAAAUCUGAAUUACAGGCACGAUAUUGGGCCUUCCUAUUCGGAAAUUUACAAAGGGCAGUUGAUGGUAUUUAUCAAACGUGCGAAGAGGAUGAGAGUAUUUCUGAAUGCAAAGAAGUAAUUUUAGUGCUGGAAAAUUAUACCAGAGAUUUUCAUAAUUUAAUAGAAUGGUUUAAAGUUAAGUGGGCUUAUGAAAAUUCACCGCCACCAUUAAGACGAACUCCCUUGGCUUGGGAAGUUAGAAAAACUUCGCCCUGUCGAAUAUGGAACGCAACAGUAAUUCCAAAAUCUACCAGCCCCUUGCAAAGAGCAAGUCCGACCGAAUCCAUUUGCAAAAGUCCGGUGGACCAAACCAUAUGCGAAAGUAAAACGAUCGUAACGGACAACAAAAUUAAUAAUGUAAAAGAAGAAUAUGUCCAUAAGUUAUUAAAAGAUAAUAAGAAUAAUGUCUGCAAAAGCUGCUUCACCGAUAUUAAAGAAAAGCGUAAGAAUGGAAUAGACAAGGUAGGAAAUCAAGUCACAAAUAAAGAAAAAUCUACAUCGACGAAAGCACUGAAUAAAAGUUUUGUAAAACAAUCUGUGCAAUCAAAAACGAAUAGUUUUGUGGAUCGAAAGACAUUAAAUGAUAGUGUGACAUGUGAUUUAAAGAAUAAGGUAGAUGUUAGAAAUAUUUCUAAGCACACAAAGGAGUAUUCGCACGCGAACGCUGUAAAGCUAGUUGAUUCUAAUUUAUCUCUAGAGAAACAAGCAUGCAAAAGUGAUAAAAAUGUUCAGCUGAGUCCAUGUGCUCCUUGCGAGCUCACGCAAAAAGAAGUAAACGUUAAAGAUAGUAAAACAGAUAGCAAAUUACCAUGUAAUAAAAAUAACGUUGGAUUAGGAAAAACUGAAGUUAAGAUAAAAAAUGAGAUUAAUAUUAAUGUUAAGAAAGAUAAUAUUAAAAAGUGUGAAAACGUUAACGCCGAAAAGUUAAGUGGAAGAACACCCAUUGACCAGAGUAUCUCUGAAAAAAUAAUUCAAGUUGAUUGUCAAAUAGGUAAGCACUCCGAUGAAACCGAUGACAAAUCAAGUAACAAGGAUACUCCGAGUUGUACAGUAAAUGUAUCAUCUAAUGCAUAUAAUCACUUAGAUAAAGCUCCGACGGUAGCUGACACAAGCAGACCUGCCUAUUCAACUGUGUCGCAAACAAAAUCUAAACCGCAAUCGUCAACUUCGUUCGAAACUCCAAAGUUUACUCGAAGCAAGACUUGCUUGAGCGACAAAAAUUUACCUGCUUCACGUAAAACCAGGCCUGGCACCUCCGUUAUAGUGAGGGGACGCUUCCAAACUCCUGAAAACAAGUUAUCUGAUCAAAAUGCUCUGAAGAAAGAUCAAAAUAGAGAUAUAAAUGGAUCAGUAGAAGUAUUAACUAAACAAACAGCAGCUUCAAAGACAAAAGAUGAAAGUGACGGUUGGCAAACGGUUAGGACCCGUUGUAGGAGAGGGAGCACUCAUAAUUUAAAUAUGUCCACCCGUUUCCAUAAACCGAGCACUGCUCUGUCCUUACCAGCUUUAUCAAUAGAAAGUCCAUCGGAAAAGAUAAAGAAGACCAGUUACACUCCUGAUGGAAGCAACAAACAAAAGAAGAAAUGCAUUGUAGGAAAGACGGGCAAAAACAUGAAUAACGAGGUUGAGAAAGUUAAGGGAGAAUAUAUGACAUCUACGAUUAAGAGCAAUCUCGAAGAUACACUUAAAAAGAAUACGCUAAACUUGUGCGACACUAAUUCAACGUCAGUGAUUGCAGCCAUCUUUAAGAACGAUGCUGAAUUACUUGAGAAACGCAUGCAACAGUUUAUGGCCGCCCAAGCGGAAAGAGAGAGAAUCAUCUUAGAGGAAGAGAGAAAGACGGAAGAAGCAGAUUCUCAAAGGUCUCAGCAGUUAUCGGACGAAGAGGCAUCCUUAAAGCGGCAAAUUUUGGAGUUGGAGUCAACCGAGAUCGACAUUGACACAGAAACGGAUGAGACGGAUGGCGAAAUGGUGCUUGAAAUGGAGGACGAGCCCGUAGUACCACUCAGUGUCGUUGCUGAUGACAUUAGCUUAGAAGAUAGAUACGAAAAUAUGUUGGAAGGAAUGUCCUGGGCAGAACGAGUUGAUACUCUCGCACAGCUGCGCGCAUUGGUGGCUCGCCAUCCCGGACGCGCUUUGGAGUUGCACCAAAAGCUUUCGUCUCCGUCACGGAAAAGGUCGCUUCCUGAAACGUUAAGAAGAUAUCAAGCAAAGCAAGCCUGCGCGCAGCACAAGCGUCAAAAACUAUUAAUGGAAAAAUCGCAACGCCUGCGAGAAUUACUGAAUAAAGUGGAGGACGUUAAGAGUGCGAAAAAUCAGUUGAUAGAAGACAAAAGAGUCAGAAUGGAAAUGAGACUCAAGAGAGCGGAGGAGAAUCGAACACAACACUUGCUGGAAAUAGUAAGAAAGGCACAUGACGAAGAUUCCAAAUUAAAGGAAAUAGCGUUUAUCAACGAACUCGAAGCACAAAAUAAGAGACACGAUUUUAUGGCGCUCUGUCAAGAACAAGAAGAAAGAUUACAGGGCAUUCAAGAAGAACGUCAACGUCGCCAAGAGGAGAAAGCUGCGAAAGAAGCCGCCGCUGAAGAACGUCGAAGGGCCUUGGAAGCGGAACGGCAGCUACGGAUACAGAGAAUGAAACAAGCGCGCCGUGAACGUGAGGAGAGAGUUGGCAAAAUGCAACUUGAAAGAGAAAAGGAACGACAAGAAUUGGCAAGAGAAAAGGCACGAGAUCGCGAGGAACGCUUGUCGGCGCUUCACGCGGCUCAGCUUGCGAAUCAAGAAGAGUUACAGAAGAAAAUAGCGCAGAAGCAGCAAGAAUCCGCCAGGAGGCACGUGGAGAACAUCGAGCAUAUUCGGCAGCGUGCGGUCGAAUCCUCGAUUUUGAGAUCGGAAGAGGUGCCGCCCAUCCUCAAAUCUUAUCCCGCUCAGAAGCAAUGUUCUCUGUGUAGCACCAUCAUAUCUAACGAGGUGCACCUCCUGUGCCACUUGAAGGGAAAGAUGCACCUCGAAGCAGUGCGGACAGCACACGACAAUCGUGAACCGUCCCGUGACGAGCUCCAACGUUUCAACAUAGCGCAGAUACGAGAUGUCCCUGUCGCCGUAGUGAAUAACAACAACGCAGACAGCAGCAAAGCUGCGAAGGAGAAGCAGAAAGCGUUAAAACGCCGGUGCAGAAAGAUAAAGCAGCGCAUGAGUUUACGCGGACAGGAGUGGGAAGAUAAAUACAAGAGCGACGCUAAUCAAAAUUUAUCCGCCGAAUCGGCGAACAAGGCGAAAUUUCGGCGCAAUUUGAAAGAGCUAGAUAAGCUGUACAAUAAUCAUUCCAAAUCUGCGUGGUCGACUGUAGCGCUCGCUGCUUUGGAGCGCUGCCUGGGCGAGAUUGUUCGAGCAUUCUCGAAAUCGUGCCCAUUCGAUCAAGAUGCUUUCCGAUGCUUGAAUGGAUUCGAUAUCAUAAUAAACUUGUUAAAUCUAGGCUUAAAUACACAAAACGCAUCACAUAACUUACCAAAUAAAGCAAUUAUAUCGUUAUGUCGAGUCUACACAGCAGGCAUCAAUGGAAAUAUUAAAAAUGUAGAAGCCACUUUGCUGAGCAACAACAUUCUUGUUAUUUUGGACUUGCUUUUGCAACGUUUAGAGACUUUGACUAGUCUCGAUGACCAUGCUCAGACGCAGGAUGUAUCUACCAAUUCAACCGGAAAUGGAAUAGUAGCUGCUAGCGCGACGCAAUUGCUCUGCAGCCUGAUCCCUGAAGAGCCCUUUGAGAAAACGGUUUUGCAGAUGCGAGUUCAAGAUAUUGCUGGUUGAUGGAUGAGAGUCAACGACCUACAGAGGCAAUCAAUGCGAUUCGACCUUCUUCCGUAAGCGAACACUCUUAAAAGAGAGAGAGAGAGGGCCGUCGAUGAAGCCUUGAAUGACAAGCGUCGACAUGAUUGCUGGAGAACAUCAUAGAAAAAGUCAAGUCUGCACACAUUCUCCUAUCGCUAAUCCUGAUCAGUUGCUGGUAUGAGGAUUUUGCGUUUGUAUCCUUAAUCAGAACAAAAUCAAGCGGGCGAAUCGCUGGAGCGCGAUGUUCGAUGCAUUUAAAUGAAUGUGUCAAGAGAACUAUUGUAGUCGGAUGUACAUGCUAGCAUAGCUAGUGCGGGCGACAUCGAAAUGCAUGAACAAUAACGAUAUGGACUGCAGAGAAGUAUAGCAAUUAAAAUCAUUAUGCUUCUUAAAGCGGUUCCCGCAUGCCUGAGAUAAAUCACAGUUUGUUCUGGUUAAUUGAAACGGAUGUGGGUAGAACUCAACGCUAUCUCACCUUUUGUUUCUCUUUGCAGCGCAGGGAUUAAAUGGGCUUUCGAUCAGCUUGUCGACGUCCACGAGUCUAAAUUUUCCUUAGCGCGCCCGCGGCUUCUCGCUCUGCUCUCGUGCCCUCCGUCUAUUGUUAUACGGAAUUAAAGGACUACGUCUUAAUCGCACGUAGAAAUGACGCCCUUCCUAUCAGAGUUUUAAGCCUGCCGCAUAAUCGUCGGAGCAACACACUUGCGAAAACGAGUAUGAUUCACACUGGGCUUCAACAAAGUCGUCAAAAAUGCGAUAAGUUUUCGAUAACGCUUCUAUCUUUACAUAUAUGUUACUAAAAAUUUUUCAGAAAUGUUGUAAUUGUUUCUUACGAAUUUUUAUUAAUUCCUCUAAUUCAGAUUACUUAUGUUCGAUUCAGAAAUUUCUCAUUGUUCAUCAUGCUCAGCAAUUUAAAGUACCUAAUGAAGAAUUAACUCCUUGCAAACAUUAACACACACGGAUCUCGGAUGUUAAACCACGCACGAGAUGUUUCAAAAGGUUUCCGCGCUAAUGGCUGCGGUCGAGAGAGAUCAAUCUUCGAUAUUGAAAGGCGGCAGUUCCGUUAAAAAGCAAAAAAAAUUCACGAUCAAGUCAGUUCGAGAGGAUUACCGUUACGGUUCCCCGUGAGAGAAAAUCAGCCGGCGGUGUCUUGAUGAUUCGCCACGAGUCAUCAGCGUACUGCGCGAGGCUGCUGUGCCGGGAAGGAAGCGAUCGGCUGCGCAUUGUCGCGAAGAUGACUCGCGACGGCGAAAUGAUUGUCAGAGAGCCAACGAAUGCGUCAAACUGUCGCAUUAAUUAAUGCGCCUGCAUAGGCGUAUGGCGGUUCGUGUGCAUUUACUUAACGUAAUAAGAUUUCCGUCGGCUUCUUCCCUGCCACGAGCUUCCUCCUCGCCUCCUCGCUCUCCCGUUCGCGCGCGCGCGCGCGAGGUAGGGUUUAUUACGAAAAUGAAAAGGCUACAUUUUAGUCUACGUGCAACGUGAUUAAAUCGGGGAGUUGCGCGAAACGAGAUUAGACGGCGAAACGACGGUGCGCCGGCUGUGCCUCUUUGAAGAGCGGCGAGCAAAAUCUAUUUUAUUAAUAUAACGGUGCUGCUGUUUGAUCUGAUAAUUUAGUUUCGCCGUCCUAAAGAGCAUCCUCCUCUCUCUUUCUCUCUCCCUCUCUGUCUCUGUCUCUCUCUCUUCUCCGUUUUUUUUGUACUUGCCACGCCAAAGGCUCUCGCGGGCGCACCUCGUAGUGCACCGUCGACAUCUCCCAGUGGGCAUUUUCGAACUUCUUUCCUGGGAAACCCCCGAGCGCCCCUCCCCGUUCGUUCUUAUCGAUUUUAUGUAAGUAGAUUUGACGCGAGAGGAAAAUAGUAAAUGAAUGUUGAUGGCAAUGGGUGGCGGCUUGGGUAUAUUAUACUCGGAUACGUUGACUGUACAGGAUGCUGCAAUAAACGUUUACAACAAGAAUGGUUGAAAUGUGCAACGUACAAGAUCCACCUCAGGCGAACCUCUUGGGACGAAUGAGUAAAUUCGCACGCGUAAAACUGAUGUUGAGAUUCGCGGAUUUACGAGGGCAUCAAAGCAUCAAAAUCAGGACCGUUUUAAAGCGCAUUUAUACUGCGAUGAACAUAAGCUUCCGGAUUCAGAGAUUGGAUUGUUUCGAGUUGGAUAUUUUUAGUCCUACCAUUCGAUAUCGAUGGUUCAAGAGAUAAAUCCACACAAGUUUAAUAUUUUGUUAGAACGAGGCUGUAGAAAAGAACGCGACGUGGACAAUUUCUGCUCAGUCCGAAUAUAUCCGCACAACCUUUCAUUGAAACAAAGGAGGUUGCAGGAGAAGAGCGCGUAUAAUUGACGAAAAUUUUGCGAACGAAGUCAGCGCCUCGCCAACCGGAAACCGAUCCUUUUACGUUGGACGUAGUCCAGCGGGCAAAGUCGCGCACCUGUCACGAUCAUGGGGGACGGCGGAGGGGAAGCAGUGGCAGCGGCGCGGGCGCGUCUAAAAGCGCGAGGGUGGGCUCGUCGUAGUCGGCAAGAUCAUCGGCGGUCGUGGAAGAAAGGGGAGAAGAAGAGAAAACAUCGCGGGGGGUGAAUGAGCGAGGCGGGCUGGGCUACGUAAUCUGCUAAUGGACUCUCUCUCCACCCCCGUCUCUCUUCGUUCCCUCCUUCUCGCUCCCUCUCUGUUUCUCUUCGUCCAAAUUCACCCUCGGCCGGUACACACCCCCGAUGCCCUCCCAACCCUCCUACGAAAGGCCUCGACUCAUCCCUCCGUGUCUCUCCAUCUACUGUUCUCUCUCUCUCUUUCUCUCUUUAUUCUCUUUCUCUUUCUUUGUACUGAGCUAUUGGCGACCUACGCGCACACGCCCAGUCAUUUGGUAUUCUUCGUAUUCCGGUUACGUUCUUUUUCCUACGUGUUGCACGCAGGAUUGGUCGAUACACCAUGGAUCGGUCAGUAUUUAUAGAUAGGGUGUUGAAAAAUUACACGUGCAAACUUUAGGAUCGUCGGUCGGGGAUUAAAAACUCAGAAAACGAAAUACCAUUUUGCUUUCUGAGUUAAGCAAAAUGAUUUUUCAUGAAUUAAUUUUCAUAGGAAAAAUAGAUAAUAGAUCUUUAUAUGGUAGUAUCAAAUAAAUUCGCUUACUUGCGAAGAGUAGCAAAGAAAUUAUCUUUGCAGAAAUUCGUCUCACUACUAAACGUAGGAUGUACAGCUAUUGCUUAAUUAAUAUCUUUUCAUAUUGAAAUCCAGACAUGCAAAUAACCCGGUUAAAUAUUACAUUGAAUCCACGAAUGGCAGGUGGUAUCGUUCGCGCGCAUAAAUAAUGAGUUAAAUUAUUACUGACAAUGCACACCGACCGAAUUAAUUAUGAUGACAUUGUAUUUUACCUUGUAAACGUUACGUUGCAAGCAAUAAGUCCUUCUCAUUUUCGAAUUAUUAUUAAUUAUCGGAUUGAUUACAUAAUGAAUGCGUCGUUUUAUUUUAAAAACGCACAUGUACAAUUUUAAUGAAGAUAUAAGAACAAUAAAGAUUAAAGCAUGCACUUUUUUCACACUGAUGUUCUUAUUCAUGCACAAAGAGAAUACGAAUUCGCUAAUUUCAUCAGAUACUACAAUUAUUAAUUGUAUCGUGUUUUUCUUUUUCAGUUUCAAUCUUGAAUCGUGUUUUGAAAGUUAUGCAAAGUCAAAUCUCUCGCGUUUCGUUAAAAUAAACGGGUUAUUCAUGGUUAUUUAUAUUGUAUCUCAAAGAUGGACAGUACAUACAAUAGUUACAAAACUUUUUGUCUCACAAUUUUUUAAAUGCUAUUUAUUUUCGCUCCGUUAUUCUAUAUCAUCGUUAAAAUUUAUGUUUAAACUAAAUUCUGUCUGAGACGAACGUUACUGCAUUUAAGAUCUAAUUGUUUCAUAUAUCGCGUUUCAUCAUAAAUUCAAGGUAAACACUAGUUUGGCGAUUCACCGUCAAUUUAGACCAGCAGAUGCAUUUAAAGUAUCAGCUGGCACAGCCGGGUGUUGGUCAGUGAUUCAUUUCCGAAGCCUUCCACUUCUGUACCUUAUUCCUGAGGAAUAAAUCUCUUCAUACAGCCUUUAAAUGCUACACUAAUCGAAGUUAUAAUAUCAGGCAAACAAGAUUUGUAUAAUACGUUUAUCUGACAAAGUUUUCUUUAAUAAUAAAUUGAUAAAACUGAAUUUGUUUACAAUCUGCAGUUUUAAUUUCAUUAAUUUUUAAACUUAAGAUUGCAUUGAGUUUUGCAAUUUCGAGAACCCCGAAACACACACGAGGAGAAGAAUCUUCAGUAGCAAUAAUAGUGCUGUCAACAACAGCAAUGACAAGAGCGGCGAUAGUAAUGGGAACCGCGGGAUUGAAGCGGAGUAUUUGAUCAGGCGAGAUAGGGGCGCAAGUAGAAAUAGGCAGAGCGGCUGUUCUUGUUCCCAUUCUGCUAAGUGGCAAGCUUCAGCGUUGUCUAUUAUCCUCCGUACACCCACCCUGCAUGGGGCUAGCUUUAAACGACGGAGAAGAAAUCCGGUGUUGACUCUGACACAGGGAAAUACAUUGUACUGUCCCAAAAAUAACGUCCCGCUGAGGUUCCGUCGCAAAUAUUUAUGGUGGCGGUGUUCGGAAAAAGUGUGUUAGUAAAUGUAAAAAUGCAGAAAUAUUUCUUUUCGUUCUCCAUUCUUAAUACUUAAUACAGCCGGUUGCAUUGAGCUUUAUGCUAAUAGAUAAUGCUUUUUUUCUUUUAAUUUCUUGUAAAUAUUUCCAGUAUAUAUUUUUCAUACUGAACUGCGCUAACUAAAUUGAUCACUCAAGCAUGUGACGUUUAUUUUAGAGAUAUUUCGCUCAUAUUUCGUUUUCUACCGAGGAUGGUCGAUACGCUCUUAUGUAAGAGCACUAUUUUUAUGUAAAUAUAGUAAAUGCAACCGCUGCCAUUUUGUACGCAACGUACGUAUCUCUUCCUCGGAAAUAUUGGAUUUCUGUAGGUAAACAUAAAUUAUUUUUAGAAAUUCUACUCCACGUAUAAACACGCGCGCAAACGGCGUACUUCGCCGAUGCGCGACGCGAAUACAUUUCACUGGCAUGUUCAUAACAUAUUGAAUAUCGGUAAAUGGUCUCCAGUCAACAGAGCUGAAAUCUGUUAUUAAAAAAUUCAGCUUUACAGGAAAUCGACGCACGGAUUUUGCACCACCGCUAAUAAUGGAUACUGGCGCAACAUUUUUAGCAGCUUCAAAUAGCCAUGAAGCUUUUUUUUAAAUACAUCAAACGCAAAUAUCAGAAGUUGCACUUUUAUCUCAAAAUAAUAGUUUAAAUCUAGAAAACUGGAAUAAACUAUAAUACAUUAAAUAGCGAUAUUUUGGUGACAAAGAUAAGAUAUUUAUAUAUUUUCUAUUUGUAACGAUUUGUAUCGAUUUGGCAAUUUAUAUUAAUACUAUCUUUUAUUACUUCCACAUUUUUAUGUUACCGUUUUUAUCUCAUUUACAUUUCCAUAUGUUUUCUAUAAUUUUGAAACUAUAUGUUUCUAGUAGCUUAUGUGACCAAUAGCAAUAUUUUAAUUAAAGCAAAAAGGGACUAUAUCACAUGUAUUCUAUCGAAAUCUACGUAUUUAUUUUGUUCGCAUUCAUUUGCGCAUCGUUCGAGAGAAUUUACAGUACGUUCAUCGAUACACCGUCGCUAUGUCUGGCCAAGUCAUGGUGUAGCACCCUUCACGUUCAAUCCCCAUACUAGAGCCCAGGGCUAUACGUGUGGAGUACUGUGGCGCGCUUCAUCCCCCGCGCUACCGAAAUCCCGGCGUGAAUGCAUUACGCAUCAACGAAUCCGGAGUAGCAAUAUCCUGAGUUGCUGGAUGUUAGAGCUCGGGGAGAUUAUAAUACAUUACCAAUUCGACGAAGACCAUGGCCAUUUGACCUUGUUUCAGACUUUAUUUCGCGUGUCGGCGUUCUCUCAUCGGCUUUUAACACGGAACCCAUUGGGUUUUGUUGAGCGCACACGCGAUGGCAUUUCAAGAUAUUAUAGUUUGACAUCGCAGUCGAGCAAUCUCACAUCUUUAAUAUCAAUACUAUCGUUUGAGACAUAAUGGCAAAAAAUAUGUCGUCAACAAUUUUAUUCGCAUGUCUGUUCCUUUUUACAUUAUUGAGAGAUCAAUUUGACAUGUUUUUUACCCACACUGAUUUAAAAUAAUGCAAACAGAAGAGACCAGUUGAAAUAUCGAGUAAGGGCAGAGUGGCCGUUCCUCUCUCCCUUUUUUUCCGACUCAAUGAUACGCGGCUGUCAUUUACACACUUUUGCCAUUUCGUUGCGCAAACAUGCCCUAUUGUCGAAAUAGCGAAAAUGGCACUUUUGCCAGACGCGUUCAUCCGAAGAGAAAUACUUUCUGGGAGCAUGUCCUCGUAUUGGACUUGAAUUCUGUUAUUCUUACAAUGGACAUUAUUUUUCUGACGACAGUGCAAUAUAUAAUAUUAAAUUAUUGAAUUUUAUAUGUAUGUGGAAGCAGAGUGCAACUAUUAACAGUUUAAAUCAUAAAUAUUUGAUUGAAAUAUCAAUUUAAUGAUUAAUUUAACAUGUUGUAAUUCUCAGUUUCAUAGGAUGAUGAAUAAUGGUAUAUCUUGCUCUCCUCAAUUCUUUUACGCUAUCAUUCACUUGUAAAUUUUUUUCUAGCAUGUAUGAUGAAGCACUUGUGUUUUCUGCCGUACGUAUGGAUGCAAAUUACAUUUUGAUUGAUUUACAACAUUAUUUUCGCAUGUUACGCGGAUGACCCACAAGCAUUCGCGAAAAAUUGUCGCGGAUCCUCCGCUAGAUGCACCGCCCGUUAUUCGUUCGAAUUAACCGAAAAAUCGUUUCCGUUUAUUUUUAUUCCGUUCCAUUUGUCAAAGUCGCGUAUUUUUAUCACCCACGCGACGCGCGUACCGAUAUCGCUAUAAAUGCACACAUGUAACACUUCGAAACUAUGUUUUCCGCCGAAAAUAUUUUUUAAUCCUCGCGAAUAGAGCUGCAAAUUGCUGAUAAAGAUCUGUUUCUCCACUGAUACAGAGUCAUUUAUCAUAUGCAUCAUGUCAUUCAUUAUAGACAUGCUUUAUUAUCACAGAAAUUAUUUAGACGUCACAUUUUGCUAAAAGAAAAUAAAAAAA